AUGUCUUAUACUACAUUCGAGUUGAUGAUGGCUAUAAUUUUGGUGCCAUUACUUGCCAUUCCUGUAGAGUAUUCUUUGGGAGAAAUACAAACGGGAAUAAAAUAUCAAAGUGUCGUUUUGAUGGCAAUUUUAAUUGAAUUUGUUAUAAAUCAUGAUCCAAAUGACUCGGAGACUACAGACAUAUCUGAUUCAAUUAGCGAUACGACCAGUAGUUUAAGUAACGAUACUUUUGCUGAGAUUAUCGGUGAUAAACAGUCAAAUGAAGUGACAAUAUAUAUGAACACCAAUAGUAAUAGCAUAUACAAUUAUAAGUCAGAAUAUAAUGAGAAAAAUGCUAUUGAAUUGAAGACUGCGUUUGAAGUAAACAACAUUUGUUUUAAGUUCAUGGAUAGGGAUGUCGAGGAUCUCAUCUCUUUGACUAAAAGCCUAAAAUCAUUCAAUAAUCUGUGUUUUAACGAUCAGUUGGCGCUCAUUAAGUACGGCUUUCUUGAGAUUGUUUUACUCCGAUAUUCAAUACUCUAUGAUUUUAAUACCGAUUACUGGACGUGGCUUUAUAAAUCAGUCGACAAAAUUGAAAGUUUAACAACAAUCCUAUUGUUUAACCCAAAUCGACCUAAUUUGGUGCACAGGGAUGUUGUCAACGACCCAGGGGAAAAUUCAUCCCCCUCCAUCAAAUUGAGGGAUGUGGCAAAAAAUGCUAACGAGUCAAUGAGCUAA